GUUGGUAGUUCUGGCGUGUGGAUGUGGAAUCCGUGCCGCUCGUAUUUAAAUAGUUUUAUUCUCUGAAUCUGGUGUUAAAGAUCAAAUAAAUUAAGUGAAAUAAUCGCACAAACAGGCCACCAGAAACGCAGCGUCGUCCAAGAUGGCGGACGAUGAACAGUUCUCACUUUGUUGGAAUAAUUUCAACACUAACCUAUCUGCCGGAUUUCAUGAAUCGCUCGUGCAAGGCGAUCUUGUUGAUGUCACAUUAGCCGCCGAAGGACAGUUGGUGAAAGCCCAUCGCCUAAUUUUGUCAGUAUGUUCACCAUACUUUCGAAAAAUGUUUACGCAAAUGCCUGUAAACCAACACGCGUUCAUUUUUUUGAAAGACGUGAGCCAUUCCGCCCUGAAAGAUCUCAUACAGUUUAUGUAUUGUGGAGAGGUAAAUGUUAAGCAGGACGCUUUGCCUGCAUUUAUCAGUACAGCUGAAGCCUUGCAAAUCAAGGGGCUGACAGAAACGGGAGAUAGCGCACCUCCACCGCAGCCGUCUCCUGCCAAAGAAAACAUACCCACAACCCCAGCACCAGUUAGCAUUUCCACCAAUACUGGGUCUGCACGGGGAAAAGUACAACGCAGCCGGGUGCAGUCAUACAAACUCGAAUCCGAAGAGAGUGGUGAUGACAAAAUAGUACAAAUUCAGUCCUCCACCUCCCACCAUUCUGCCACUGCUUCUCAACAAGCCCAACAGAUACAGCAGGUACAUGUGGCCACUGGGCAGAAGCGAAUUCUUGGCCAGCGUAUUCUUGCACCCAGCAUGACGAAUAAACGGGCGAAGCUCUCUGUGAGCGGCAAUGACAUAUUGGAUCCCUCGGAAGCAACUACGCAAAUUCAGGCUGUACAAAUCGUUAAACAACUGCCAUCACAGACCACCGAGCCCGAAUAUGUUGAAAUGGCCUUGGAACCGAUAAGCACGAAAGCCGAGCCCGAUUAUUCCGAAGAACAUACCGAAAUCGAAACGGUAGAAGCAGAAACGGAACAGGAUCAAUCGCUGGCAGAACAUGAUCAAUCAGCAGACCAGGAACAGGAACAAGGCGAUGAUGAAGGAACCUACGUUGAGGAUGAAGCAUACGGAGAUAUGGCCAAGUACGAAGAAUCUUACUUCACCGAGGGCGAAGAAGGGAAGGCAGGCGUAUCAGGGUUUGCAGAACCAUACACAUCGGACGGAACUGGCAAUGAACAAGCAGCACAAGCUGGAAAAUCUGCAAGUCAUCGAUCAAUUUUAAUCCACAAAACACCCAAAACCAAAAGGGAUCCAGAUGAAGAAGAUAAAAAUUCAGAAGACUCUCACAACUUGAAUCCUGCUACAGAGAAAGCCAUUGUUGAGAAAAAGCCCACACCCAGAAAAGGCGGGCCGACGGUGAACGGAUUUGUAUUUCCGUUGCAGGAAAAGAUUGAAGUCGAACGACUGGAGAGAAUGAUAAAUGCGGAUAAAAAUAUUCGUCAUCAAUAUAUAAGCUACCUUGCAAGAUGCAAACCUAACGCAAUGAAAAUACAGCAAUUCUUGAGUAGCAUAUUUUCUGACGAUGCUUUGAACGAGUACAACUUCCAUGGCUCCAAUUCGUCCGGGAAAUGUAAAAUACCAAUGAAAACUUAUUCUGUGUUUUACGACUGCUUUCUAGAGGCCUUCAAUGGGGUUGGAUUAGACGAACGAGCACUACAGGCAGAGCUUACGGCAGCCAUCAAGCAUAGUCGCAAUCGAACGCGACAACGUUGUUUCCGUGCCAGAAAGCAUCGUGAAAAACAAUAUAUUUCAGUAAAGCUGGAAUAGUUUUAAUACAUCAGAAAAAUAAUGUCUUUUAACCGUAAAGCAACGGUUUCACUGGAUGUCCUGAUUUCACUCAUUUCAUUCGAACUCUCGCUUAGAUUCCAUGUUAUCGAAGAUAGGUGAAGCUAUGUUUAGUUUGUCGAUAUUUCAGCAUAAAUUUCUAUUAAUUUUCUGUACAAAACAUAAUCACACGGUGUUAGAGACAGCGGUCGUCGUGUUCAUAAGUAUGCCCAACAAUAAAAAAUUACUGCAAAGUAAUCAAGGGUCUAAGUAUACAUAGUUUUGCGUCUAUAAAUCUGCAAGUAAAAGCGGUAAUAAUGGAUGUAAUGUACAAAACACCUACUCAAAUCAUAUUUGUAAUUGCAGAUCAAUUUUCCGGAUAUUUAUCGCCCAACGAACGAAUCAAUCAAUCCGAGAUUU